AUGGAAAUUUCAAAAGAUUAUCGAAAUGAACGGCUUGAAACUUCAAUUCGUGAAGAAAAUAUUCCCACAAUAGAAUUUAGUGAAUUUUCAAACCAAGAAACCAUCGGGGAAGGUAGUUUUGGUCUCGUGGUAAAAGCACAAUGGAAAGAACGUGGAUUUGCGAUCGUUUUAAAAAGCAUGAAGGUGAAUGAGAUCCUUGAUGCAAGAGCUACUCGAAUGUUUAUUAGAGAACUUAAAGUUUUGCGAGAUGUUAGUCCUCAUUCUAAUGUCAUAAAAUUUUACGGAAUAACUCGUGUUAAAACUUUAGCUCUACUUUUUCAAAAUUUUAAAAAUACUCAAGCAAAUGGUCAUGUUAAUGUUCCUAACUCUCCAACCUCUCCAACACGUCGUGAACGUCCUAUUCAAAAUAAUCUAAAAUCUUCCGUUUCCGAAAAGGACAAUACUCAACUCGUUUCGUUACCAUCAAAUUCUAAUAGUAAAUUAGACAAUGAUCAAAUCAAGACUAAUAGGAAUAGUAUACAACUUAUGAAUAUAAAUUUCUCUCAUUUUAGCCAAUGUUUAGAUGAUAGUUUGGCUAGCUUAAAUACCUUUGAAUCAAGUGGCUUAGAUUAUAUUUAUGAGACUUCAGAUAAU